GCCCUGAGUAUCAAAACUGGAAUAUGCAAGGUCACCAUUACUACUCCUGGUCUGUUUGCGUGUGAAAAGGUUUCCUUUGAGAAGCCUUUCAAUGGCGGGCAGGAUGUGAAAGUUUUCGUUUCCAAAAGCCACACAACAAAGUGUUAUGGUGGUGGAGAUGGCGCGGCUAUUUGGGUGGAAUCUGUGGAUAAUAAAGAAUUUACAGUUUGUGUUUUGGAGUACGGAGAUGGUUCUAGUGGGGCUGCGAAAGUGAACUGGAUGGCGCUGCAAUCUGUUCCUGUUGACGCUCAACUAGACACAGUCCCGUUGGAUUCUUGGACUACUGGAGAAAAGUGUAAAAGGAUCGCCUUUGAAAAGGUUACCUCUGUUUCCCCUUGCGUUUUCGUUAAGUUAAUAGUUCUUACUCAUUUACUAGGUAUUUCUGUUUGCUCAAACCUAGACACAAGAUUUCACUACGUCAUUUUUUAAGCUUUGCUUGACUAAGUCGCUUUAACUUCCUCUUUCUUUAUUUAGCUCGUAGGAGCUGCAGACUUGCCAUUUGUAGUCCUCCUUAUAUCUUUAAGUCAUGCGAUAUAACAUUGUUGCAUCAUAAAAUUCGAUUCUUUAUUUGUUUACCAAGAUCUGACAUAUAUUGCUACCUCUAUUUUCUUCCAUCAAAGUUAUCUUGCAAUCUGUCCUCCACUUUUCUUGAUCAUUUCAAUUUUUUUAUUUACAUUAACACUUCUUUAAAAAGGUUUAACAAUCUUCAUAUUUUUGCUAAUUUUUGCUCUAAAAAAUUUAGUGAGAAAGUCUAUAUUUCGAUUCCUUUUGUGACUACGUUGCCAAGUUCAUGAUUAUCAUUUUAUUUGCUGAUUUGCAAAUUCUGUGUUUUUUUCGUAAGACUGUUCUUAGUUUUUCAUCUGCACUAGGAAAUUCCAUCCAAUUUGCUUCUUUCAAGUUGAAAAUGAUUUUUUCUGUCACACUUCCAUCGUUUUAUAUCAUACCCUUGUUUGUUUGAAAGAUAAAUGUAAUUGAUUAUUUAUUUCCUUCUCUUUUACUUUUUCAGCGUUUCUCAAUUCCUCCGAGCAUCUACGUAACAGCUCGUCACCAAAUUCUCAAGAGACCUCAGGACGCCUUGGCAUUGUGGGUAGAGGAUGUACGCAGAGACAGUUUUAAGGUUUGCCUCAGGGAAACUAAGAUUUUUGAUGGUCUGCAUAAAAACAUCAAGGUGGUAAGUGAAUUCCUUUUGUUACCUGUUACAUGUUUGAAAGUAGACUCACGCGACAACCAAGCGGUUCCUCCCUUGCUGCAACUUACAGGGGCUGUGCCCUAGCAGAACCCAGUUGCCUCUGAGCUCUACCUUUGCUCUUUGCCUACUAGGAAAUCGUAGCUUUUUUCAUCCUAUCCUAGAUCCUAUGUUGGCUACCCUAUGUUGGGUACCCUGUGAUUUACACAGGAACAGAGCAAUGGGCUCCCAGUCUCUUAGAAACAACCUUGACUUGAGAAAGAAUAUAUUGAUAACAUUGUUAACACUUUUUCACUUGUCCUUCAGGAUUGGAUAGCAUUUGUUAAGCUGAUGACGCUGAAUUCUACCUUGAUCAAUGGCGUUGUAACAACAAAGAAUAACUCACCACUAAACAAGCAACAAAGCAAGGCCCUCUGUCAGGUAAAGUAACUAAUAAACUAUACUGUUUUGGUUUCUCAGUCACUUAUAUUAAUAAACAGAAAAUAUCGUCAACUAUUUAAACAACAUAUUAUCGUCAACUAUUUAGACAACAUAUAUCAUAUACCGCAUAUGUGUAGAAAAACUUAAUAACGCUGAUUCUUUUCUUGUUUUUUUUUUAGAUAAUAAAGUUCACUGAUGCUUUCUAUGCCCCUCCGAUAGUAAUGGUUUCACCAAGACUCAGUUACCAUAACAACAACUCCCGUUUCUCGGCUUCUGGAACUUGUAACGCAGUUACUGCGUGGAUUCAGGUAACAUAUGAAACUUGGAGCCAUUUUUCUUAGCCCAUUGCGUCCUUAGGCUGCCUUCUUAUCUCUUCCCUUCGAACUUACUUUUAGCAUUGUCUCUGUUUCAAUUUUUCACGUCGUUUAAGGAGUCCAAAAAAGUUUUUUUUUUGUCUUCUUUUUUCACAAUUUUUCCAACCAACCUGUGCACGCCACGGUUUCGCUUUGUAAACGACCUUUGGUAGUGACCUAGCAGUUAAGGUAAGAAAAUACCUGAUGAUGCUUAUUAAUGAUUGAUAAUCUAAUACUUCUAAUGAUUGUGUCUAGCAUACCUUUACAAACGAAACCGAGGUGUGUAUGAGAAGAUACAGCAAUAACGCCAAUAAUAAGGACAUCGUACAACUGGAUUACCUGGUGAUUGGAGGUACGAUAUAUCAAAACCUUGGUGAAGGCUGUAUGCUGCAGUGUAUCAAGUACAUUUUAUGACAUGAAUAUUUUGAAGUUGUUUCAUGCAGGGCUUUUUUUCUCUAAUUGAUGCUAUUUUUUUGUUGUCUCUAUUUUUGGGGAUUGUAGAUUUGGUUGACUGAGCUGAAAAACGGGAUCAUAUGCAUUCUUAUCCUUUUCUUAGAGUCGCCAGUGUUGUUGCAUCUACCUGCAAUGCAUCUUAUUGGCAUCUUAAAGCAGUUUCAGCUUGUAAAUUGGACGAAAUUCUUGUAGAAUCUAUACUUUUUUUCUUCUAUCUAAAGUCACGUGUUCCUUAAUUUACGUUACAGUUUCUUAAUAUACGUUAGAGCCCCUUUGUUUCCGGGACGCAUCCGAGUGAAGACUUGCACGAAUGGUGUGCCAAAGUGGCGGUAAAUUUGAACGUGUCAAAAAAUUCUCUUUAAUAACAUUGUGUUCAAAGCAAUUAUUUUUUUUUCUCCACGUUCUCAUAGUAAUGUGCAUUUUCAAUUCUAAAAAGACAACUUUUUAAGUUAUGGGCGCUUUAAAUCCAUCUGUUGUUAUUUGCUUAAUUAUCUUCAGACUUGGAUCCCUGCAUAGACGUUACGUGUUAUUAUCACAGCUUCUGUAAGGCGUUUGGACCCCAUGAUGCACGCUGUGUAUGUGUGGAUAGCUGCCCAUCUUACAAAGAACCCGUUUGCUCAUCAAAUGGCACAACGUACGACAACAGAUGUUUGUUUGAAAGAGAAGUUUGUCAGCAUCGACUAAACUUAACCGUGCAACAUCCUGGCAGCUGUGAAGGUUAGUACAAUUGUUUUUGAAUCUGUUAAAAAGUGAUUUUUCUUUUUAUUAGAUUUCAGUAUUAAUCCCUUAGUGAAUUUUUCGAAUGAGUUAUUUACUUACCCAUGUAAUCUGGAGGGAAAAACGGCGAUAGAUGCAUGACUUUAUGGAAGUACAGAAUUUUACGUAAUUUUGCUAAAACGUUUGUCAUGCACAGGAGCAAUGCUAAUAAGAAUACUGGUCAGAAAAAGUGGCGGAUACACUUAUAUUUAAGCAUUUUCAGUUAAUACUCAACGAAAAUAUAUUUUUUUUAUAUAUAUGUAUCACUGAAAGAAAUUUAAAAGUGAUUCUUGUCGCUGAGAUUAGUAGUGUAGUAGUAGUAGUAGUAGCAGCAACAGCAGCAGCAGCAGCAGCAGCAGCAGCAGCAGCAGCAGUAGUAGUAGUAGUAGUAGUAGUAGCAGUAAUCUUUUGCAUUUCGUACCCGGACGUCGCUCUGCCUAACAUAUCUGGAUAACCUAUCCUAGAGUUAUAUUUUUCAAGCAUAACUGGAACUGAAUCUUUUCUUUGCGAGAAGUAGUAGUUACAGUGAAUGUUCACUUUCCUUUCCUUUAGCGCUUAUAGGCUUGACCAUUUGCCACCGUGUAGCUCUGCUCAGGAUGCAAGUUCUAAUCUCUCCACUGCUUGCCAUGCUAUUUACCUAAUGCAGUGACAAGCGAUACAUUGUCCGGUGUGAAGUUUCCCUGGACUUCUAUAGUAGAGAGUAACAACCCUCUUUAUUAGAACCACUCAUUUGCUGCUCUGUUAACAUUUUUAAGUUCUGGGUAAAUGCCCUUUGCUCCGCAUGUUUGUCAUACUAAUCUAUAGUUCAUCUUGAAAUGUGUUUUCUAGGAUUUCCUUUUCAGCGUGGUCGUCGCCACAUGCCACAUAUUCCAUCCUUGGGCUACUCUCACUGUCAUGCCAUUCAUUUCAAACCGUUUGUGUUUUACCCUGACAAACCCAUUCAAGUGCAGAUAACUGUCAAUCAUAUGGAUACCAGUGACAAAUCGUAUGUCCAUGACGCGGCAGUAUCGUGGGUUGAAAAUGUGAAUAACGAGGGAUUCACUGCUUGUGUGAUGGCGGCAGGAUAUAAUGAACGAAAGUCGUAUGCUAACGUGACAGUUGAUUGGAUGGCGUACCAAGGUGCUCCAGUGGGUGGCGUGACUGGUAAUGUGCGCAUGUCACAGUGGUGGACUGGUACGACUUGUGCGACUGUCAGGUUUCCUACAGUGAGUGGCCUUUGUUGGGCUUUCUUGUCCUUUCCAUUCUUUUCAAGAUCAUAUAUUUGAAACGCCUCACUUCUACUGAGUUCACUCAGUUAAUAACAGAUCGUUUUCAAUAUGCAUCAGCAGUGAUUUGUCGUUCUGGUGCAGCCGUACACUUAUUACCAAUUAAUAGUCGAACAAUGUCACUGUAGUACAAAUUAUUCUUUUACCAAUUUCCAGCAUAUCAAAUGUCAUGGGUUCCUUUUUGCAAAAAUACGAAAUUAAUUCCUGUUCGUAGCUUUCUAAGAGUUGAGAGUUGCCUAACUCGCAUUUAUUUUUCAGGGAAAAUUCUUUGUGAUACCGUCGGUAUUUGUGACUGCCAAGCAUUACAAUCCAGGAUUAAAACGUGACGCAGCAAGUGUAUGGAUUGAAGAUGUCACACAAUCAUCCUGCAAAGUUUGCUUGAGAGAAUUGCAAAACUACGCUGGAUCACACCAAGACGUUGUUGUUGUAAGUAACGCUAAUCUCAUGCAGUCGAACGAACAGCGUUUUUCUUUGGAAGCUAAGUGCAGCAGACUGGUAUCUUUCUCCAUCUCAUCUUUUCGCUUUUUUACGCUUCCAGCAGUUGGUCCAGCAGAGAUGCACGAUUUUUUGCUUGAAAAUAUAUUUCCCUCCAUCUGUUUCUUCUUCAUCCGGCAUUGUCAACCUGACCAUGUUAUUGCUUUCUUAUAACCUAAGAUGUCGGUGGCUGUUUUAUAUAAACCUUGCUAAGAGAUUACCAUUUAUAUUUUAUUUUCGACGUUGACACAAUCUUUUGGUAGUUAGGACGUGAGACUGAAAAAGAAUUCUUUCUUUCUAUUCUUAUUUAUUUAUUUACUUUAUUUCAGAAUUGGUUAGCGUUUUCAUAUCUUGACGAGCCUCCCUUCUCAGAACACAAUUCGAUUUACUUUUCGAAUGAUAAACCUCCCGCGCAGAGUCACUAUAAUGCCUUCUGCAAGGUCAGUAUUCCAGUCCUUUUAUUAGUCUUAUUGGUUUCAAUUCCCGUCACAGUGCACUUAAUUUUAUUGAAUAAAUUUACUAUCAGAGAGCAAAAGAAAAAGGUUGCCCUAUCCUGUCUCUAGUGAUGGUAGUUGUAUUUAAUCAGUUUAGCAGGCUGCCUGUCAUACUUCAGUGAAUAUUUAAAAUGAAAAUGAAAUAUAGAUUAUAAAUGCCCUAAUGCGGAACAAGUCUUUACCUUUAUAUAAAUGUCAGAGACUGAAUUUUUACAAUUAUGUAAUUUCUUUUGACAGGACGCUACUUUUACUAAAGUUUAUAACUCAACUCCACAUGUGUUUGUUUCUGCCAAUCAUUCCACCAAAAAUGGAAGUCAGAGUCCAAUUCAUAACAGCAUAGCUGAGUGGGUAGAGGUAUGUUUUUAGUUAUUUAUUUAAUUAUUUUCUUUUAUUUAUUUUAUGAAUUUGUGUAACAUACCACUUGCAACCACACUUACAUGUGUUGUGUGCAUGUUUAAAAACCUUACGAAAAUACGAAUGACUGUAAUUAACACUCUCUAUUUUACAAUACAGAUAGCGUUCUAUUGAGAAUAACAGCUUAUAGAACACAAAACGUGCAAAAAAACAGCUCAAAAGUUAAAUUUUAUCCGUUUAACUAACGAUCAGGAAUAACCCUUGGCUAGUAAAAUGCCCAUGAAUUAUGGAAAGUCGUUAAAACUGUGUUUAAAAAAAGCUGUGUAGCUGUAUGGCAGAAGGUAAGCAAAUGUUGUCAAACAAACAGCAAUGAGAAAACUAAAAUUGAUGUUAAGCAAGAGAGAAUGAGCUAAGAGAGCGAAUCUCUGUGCCCCAUGAUGAUUAUUUGAAAUCUAUUGAAAGUUCGCACGCGUGCGAUGAAGGUUAUUUUUAUAUGCUGUUUCCGUGACCCGCGCGGUCUAUAUACUUUCCCGUGAACGCGACAUAUCUCGCCUCCAAACAUUUGACAGCAGUUGACCAAUUAUCGCAUGAGAGGUUUAAGUUGUUGACAUGUAAUAACGCGCACUCAAUUGUCCUCUUUCCUCUUCCCUUUGAAGCCCUGUCAUGCAAACUCGUUGAACAGGGUUGAUCACUUCUUAACAUGCGUCAAACUGAGAAAUAUGGAAAGUCUUCUGGUCAAGACCUACCUGAACUGUUCUAUAGUUUUUUUUUCUACUGGCAAGGGAGAAAAUACGCCGUCAGCCGUCUGUGUGAACUACUUAAUGAGCUGAUAAACAUCCCUUUCUUGCAGUACAUCAACAAGACAUGCUUUCGUGCUUGUGUCAAAGAAUUAUAUGAAGCAAAAUAUGACCCAUUGUCAGUAACGUACACAGUUUUGUCAGGUACUACUUCUACAAAACUAAUCAUAAACUUCAGUACUUACCAACUCUCUGAAUAACAAAAAAGCAAUACAAGCAAUACACAAAAGGAAUGCCCAAAAACUGGAGGAAAUAAUAAAAAUUGCUUUCGGGUGAUGAUAAAAAACAACGUUCAUCCCCUUUUCCAAAUACAUAUUAAUGUGUAUAAUGGAGUGCUUUAUAAUACUUGCAGUUGUUUUUGUCUUAUGUAUUGCCUUUAUUUUGUCCUGAACACAAAGCUUCUGCUUUUCCAUUUCCUUUUUUAAUCACAAAAACCGGAAAUAACAAAUAUGUUCGAAGUACAUAACUGCACCUCAAGCUAUACAUUUUAAGCAAUGUCACUUUGCAGUUCAUUAAUUCCUACUUUGUAUACGCACAGACAUCUGUCCAUCUGGAUGGGAUUACUUUAAUGGAUACUGCUAUUUAACAAGCUCUGUAUGCGCACCUUGGGUGACUGCUCUGUCCAACUGUUCAACUAUGAACUCACAUCUGGUAACAGUGCACAACCAAGAAGAAAAUGUCUACAUUCAGCACCGUCAUAAUGGAGAGCGAUCAUGGAUUGGACUUAAUGACCGAAGCGUUGAGGGAUCAUUUGUCUGGAAAAACAAGGAAAUAACCAGUUUUCGGUUCUGGGCUCCGCAACAACCAAACGACUGGAAAAACGAAGACUGUGUUCACACUCUGGGUGCCAAUGAUGGCUACACUUGGAACGAUGUGUCCUGCGAUAACUGCUAUAACUUUACUUGUGUUCAAGGUAAAAGCGGUCAUCAGGUCCGUUUUACAACUUACAUUAAAUGAUCUGUUAGUUCUCACCUGAGGUAAUCUUAUCUUCUGCAAAGGGUUGUGGUUCACUUCAAUAUUUCAUGCUAGAAAUGUAGCCAAAACGACAGAAAAACCACCCAAUGUUAGCGCGCAUGAAUGUAGUAUCAUCUUUCAGUCAUAGUUGGUAGAGAAGACUGGUUACGAAAGCUGGCAAACGGAAUCAAAGCUUAAAAUUGUAACAUAGGUGCUGCAGUUUAUGUUGGUAGCUAUCUUCUUUUUUUCUCACAAAAUGCGAAUGAAUAAAGUUAGGCAAUGUUUUUAUCGCCUGUGUACAGACCCCCCUUGCCCUUUUUGAGGGGAGGGGGCGUCCGUACACAGGCUACGAUUUUAUUGGUGAAAAGGAUCAAAAUGAUAGGAAUGCUAUUGAACUUUUCACAACGUCGGAUGAGUCCAAAAAAGGUAACCAAAAAAAACAUAUAUACUGGUACAAUAAAGACGUUUGUAGGGCUUCGAAGGCACUCCACUUUUAUUAACUAUUUUUCAGUUUAUGUUUCAAACCUGACCGACUAUGUCAAGGUAAAAAUGGGCUCGCGACCGAGCUUAUUAGACAGUUGUUAAGGUGUCAUAACGUGAGGUGGAAGCAUUGUGUCCAGUGUUUGGUAAAAUUCAAAGAAAUUUCGCUUUUUCUUUUCAAGAGUUUUAUGAUGAAUUCAAGUUGAGAAUAUCAUUUCAGAAAAUAAGCACGUAGCAAAGGAAAUGUGAGUGAAUGAAACACCGUGAUUUCUUUUAGAAAUUGACGAAUGCACAACUAACUAUCACAGAUGUAAUGUGAAUGCUGCUUGCCAGAAUACUGCGGGCUCAUACAAAUGUACUUGCAAAGCUGGAUACUCUGGAAAUGGCCGCAAAUGUGUUGGUAAGUACUGAAGUUUGCUUUAAAUGUCUUCCAUAUUUUGCCCUUUUGUUCGCAAACUGAUCAACUUAGUUGUCCUUUGUUCUGAUUUUAUUUAUAGACUAAAUAAAUAUGCUUUAUAGUGUAUACACAGAACUGUUAUGAUUUUUUGUGGUCGAAACUUUCUAAUUAGCCCUUAGUGGGUAUUUAAUCGGAAUUUUAAGCAGUAAAAGAAUAUUUGCACUAAUGUAUGGAACAACCUUUUACACGAAUUUUCAUUCCUUCAAUCGAAAUAAUUACGAACUUCCGUUUGGGGACAUAUUUGUUUUGACUUUAAGAACUUCACUGGUAAUAACGUAAAAGUUUGAGUUGAUUUAAAAAAGACUCGAAAAUGAAAAUUUCACUUUUAGGCCUCAAGGUCGCCCCAAUUCCGACUGAAGGCAAUAAAAAGCCCCCAGAGGUCUGACAUGUCUUAAUAAAGGACAGUCGAGAGGAAAUACCAAGGAAGGUAUUGCCUUCGGCGCAUGAAAUCAAGGUCAUAAUUUUGUCUUUGUUUUUCGAAGUCGACGAGCGUAAGAGCAAAACCCAUAUAUAACUGUGACAAAAAUGCGUUACAAGGGAGAUGGAAAGAAGUGUAGAGGUAUCUAUCUAGCACUCUUUAAAGGUGGCUUUCCAGCGUCGCGUAAUUUUUAGCGUAGCGGAGCACCAUGGGUAAGAAAAUUUGGUAAACUAUCCAUCCCAGAAAAUUUGGUUAUGACGUAGCGUACGUCCGUCCGUACGGACUUUCCGGGUAGUGGAAAGUAGAGAUUUUUUGGCGGGAAAUCGCAUGGCGCAACGCGUUAACGUCGCGCAAUUAUAUCGAAACAGAACUAUUCGAGACUCCUAUCGCGGGACCUAUUGAGUGCUUUAAGCCUUGACUUAAUUAGAGUCAGAACGAACUAUUAUGCCGUUUGCUAGGUUCAUGUGAGGCGCGUCUAAAUGUACUACAUUUGAUAGGAUAAAUAAAGCUGAAAUAAUGAAAUGGCUGACAACGGAAGUAUUUGCAGUAUUACAAGUCAGAUGACAUGAUCUAGUCUGUGAUUUAUUAAUAUGAACCUAAGAGCGCCGGUAGUUUGUUUCUAGAUGGAAGAAAAGUAUCAGUUUCCAACCGUGAAUAAUAAAUCAUUCGAUUCCAAAUACAGUAGUCUGUUUCCGAAAAUCCGUGGAUACUAGCUAAUAAAAGAGGAGGGGAGCCGAAACUGCCCCAGGCCCGUACAGAAUCUCCGUGUAUUCUUUCUUUUCCUGUUACGACAAGCUGGUGCUGAGAGUUUUACUAAAUGCAGUUGGCAGAAUUGUUACAACCUUUCAGUUGAAGUCUGUAGCUAAUUUUCUUGCUACAAAUACCUUUACGCGCGCACUGACAUCCUCGUGAUAGGCCGUCAUCAAGGUAAAGGCACUCUUGUCCCCUUUCAUCCAAUAGAAAGUUUCCACCUCUGGAGAAAAAGGGAAUGCGUGUAAACCCUUUUUUUCCUUUUCCCAUCCUCCUUCGAAAGACACAUUGACAUUGUUGUGCACUCAGUUUGCUUUUACGUAUAACAUUGGAGCGGCCAAUCAGGAUCUGUCAGAACACUAAAUCAUUAACUUAACGCUAUUAGUUUCAACAGAGUUCCCUUAAGCAAUACCCUGUUUCUAGUUGCACGAUGUAAUUCUAUCUUUUUCAAACGCCUGCAAUUGACAGCUCUGGCCUUGGCGGAAGGCGGGAGAUUAGGAAAGGAUUAUCAAAGUAAAGUAAAGAAAAGCUUUCGUUUCCCCUCAUGCACACUCUUACCAUUAGAGCUUAACCCAACUAAAACUUCUAAAAUUCUUUUCUAUAAAUGGCCAAAUGGCAUCUCGCAAUACUCGUUAACAGUAGGGAAUCUUCCCUCAAUUGCGGUCAAAAGAUUAAGGCAUGACCAAAAGGUUAUAGGCAAUGUAUUUACUAUGGCCACUGUUAGUGUAUUUUCCACUGGCUUCCCCAGACUGCUAUAAUUGGCCUGUUCUGAUGCCGAGUCUCGAUACUUAAACACGUGAAGAACCACUCUAUAACCAGUGGAACGGCUGUAGUGAUCGCAAACGACUGAACCAAUUCAACCUUGUUUACUUUCAGUUUGACAGCUGAAGCUGACAGAGUAUUUUGUCAACUUGUAAUGUUUUUUACUGUCUUUUUCCACUGGAUGCUUAAAAUGAAAUACAUGCAGCUGCUAUCAACAGUCUUCUUUGAUUCAUGGCUGGUUUGUUUAUUGAAUUUUUGGUCGGGAAAUGCGCCGGUUGCCAAAGUUGGAAAUCCGAUUUCGGAUGCAUCGCUUUCGUUUUUACCUUGCUGGAUGGGGGUUGAAAAGUCCCUCAAGCGAUUCUGGCCUUACUUUAUAGCCUUCAAGAGCUGCAUCUCGAAUGGUAAGCCUAAGCAAUUAUUGUAUACAGUGUAUGUUUGUUUUUUUAUAUCUAAUUUCAUGAAGUCGAGCGCAGUUUAUGAGGCUAAUUUAUGCACGUUUCUACAAAGAUCUGAGACAAUGAUCUGAUCUAGUAUAUAUAAGCUUACAGAACUUUAAAAAGCCUUUAGUCGAUAUUUUCUCUCCGCAUAUAGAACGAAAAAACGUUCCGAAGAGUAUUUAGUUAUAAUUUUGGCUGUAGAAAGAAAGCUUUGAGCGAUUUUCUUGCCUCGAGUUCAUCUUUGAAAACAGUAAACACCAGGAAGCCGGCUAAAAGCUUUAAGCUUAAGCUUAAAGACUAAGGAUUUUUAGAGACGCUUUAAUACUUGUCCUCGUGAAUAAAAAUUGUUGUCUCUGUAAAUGUUUCACCGAAUUACAUUUCUUUUAUUUAUUGUUAGUAGUCUCUUACAAUUUUAAUCGCUCUGCCGUUUGUUUUCAGUCGUUCAUAAACAACGCUUGCCGCAGAGUACUCAAAAUGCUGCUCGUAUCAAACGCUUUUUAAGAUUACACAUCGUUAUAAAACCAUUUAAUAAAAAAAAUAAACACAAUAAAUUCUUUAUUAUGUUGAAGCGCGUAACUCUUUUAAUGUUCACUGAAAAUUUGGCGCUUGUCAAAAGUGAGAACCGGCUGGCCGUAUAGGUGAUUUUGGAAAUUUUUGGAACGGUUUUGCUAAAAGCCCACGCGUGCUUCGUACGGUUCUGAAUAUUGAAUGAGUGCAAUUUGUCUUGAAAAAUUGUGAAAUACUGCAUUUUGUGUGAGGUCUAUAUGAUAAAAACAACGCCUCAUAUUACUGUUUCAGAUGUGAUGUAUAAAAAGUAUGAAAUGUUGGUUUACACGCUCCCAGAGUUGUUGGCAAGAUUUUUAAGUAAACUUGUCGAACGCAAAAAAUUCGGCCUGAUUUGUUUUCCAAAAAUUCGUUUUCCAGGCCUAAUCUACAGUGAUCAAGAGCCAUUAUGGCUCUAAAAUGUGAUCGAAGAUAAUUGCUAUUUUUUGGGUGUAUAUAUACGGCUAUCAAUUCGAUGUAAGAUUUUUUUUUCACUCUAAAAUCACUUAGCCUUAGCUUUCCCUUAAUUGUUUGAUUUGUUUGAUUGUUUGAUUUAAAUUAUAAAUUUAUUAAUGGGAGCUUCGCUUUUAGCCCUGGCUAAAUCUAUUUAUUACGUGCGUAGGCUCUUUAGUUUUAAGUACGUAUAUAAAAUAACGGCUAUGUAUCAAAGGUUGUGCGUAAACGUAAAACUUGAACCUCGCUCAACUUUUACACGCGGCCUUUCAUACAUUGCCUCCAGGGCCCUGACUGCCUCUUUUAUAUUUACGCGCGUACAUUUUACUUGCGUACGCACAUAAAUAUUACGCGGAAGUGGAAAUCCACCCGAAGUUCUUAAUCACCAAACGAUAGUUUAUACAUCCAGCACGUGCGGUCAUUCCAUUGCUUGUAUUUAUUCUCCUUGGCACCGGUUGUUCAAACGUUAGAUAGCACUUUGCAUCGGAUAAAUCACUACACAGUGGAUACGUACUGGGGAAACUAACUGCCCUAUCUACUGGAUGGUGAUUUAUCUAGGGGAUAGCGUUAUUCACCUUUUGAACAAAUUGUCCAGGUAAUUCUAUAACACUACCAUGGCCACACAAGCCAUCGCGUUCAUCUGUAACGUAGAUUUGAACGGGUAGAAUGUAAAGGAAGAAUUAUCAGUUUACUUGCCUUGUAAACGUAAAAUAAAUGCAAUUUUAUGAUUUUCAUGUAGAUAUCGACGAGUGUACAAGCAAAAUCCAUAGCUGUGACAGAAAUGCGUUAUGUAAGAACACUGAAGGGUCUUUCACUUGCACCUGUAAACCUGGUUACAAGGGAGAUGGCAAGAAGUGUAAAGGUAAAUAUCUCAGUAGAACACGCAAUUAUUGCAUUCUCUGCUUUUAAUUUAUUAGACUGAGGCAAACAAAUUUGUCGUGGAUUCUUAGCUAUGAACUGGAAUUAGCCUAGAGUACAGGUUUAAGCCAGGGAAUCUGUUCACAUGCAUUAUUAUUUUUAAUGAUUUUCCUCCCUGGUAGCCUCAACUCCAAGUUACUUCCAGCAACAGGAAUCACUGCUCUUCUGAAUGAAUGAAGCAAGAUCCGGGAAGCCGAUUACCUGUAUUAUACCAUUUUAAGUCUCUUUGAAAACGAUUGCAGGCGCAUUCUUCACAGUAGAUCUCUAAUGUUGAUAUCUAUUUUGUUGUAGCGAUACGAUCCUGCAAAGACAUCAAGGACCUAGGUAUCUCCAAUGGCGACGGGGAGUACUGGAUUGACCCUGGAAAGACUAAUAGUCCUUUUAAGGCAUAUUGUGACAUGACAACUGACGGAGGUAUGGUUUUAGUUGAAGCUAGGGAAAACCCAUUUUUUUCUAAAGUAACUUCAGGAAAUUCUCAAUACCGAAAAAUAUGAACAAAAUUCACACCGAUAAUUUAGUCCUUACUUGUAACAAUAGACUUUGUAUGACAAUUAGGAAUUAUUGGAUGAGGUUGAGGUAUCAUCCGAAAAUUAUGCAGAUCGAGAAGGCCUUCGGCCUCGGCGGAUAACACCCCAAAUGAGAGUAUCCGGCUAAUGACUUCGAUGGUACAGGCUAUCGCCAGACAAAAGGGACAGAAACAGAGAAGCCCGAGUACGAGUUACCUCAGUUGUUUUAGUACUGGUAGAGAAUUUUACUGGUUUUGCGAAGAAAAAAAAAUACUUGAUCUACUACCUAAAAACAUAGCAAAAACAGCAAAAGUACAUCUCAUACUUGAAGAAUAUCUUCAAGACUAAGAAUCCCAGUGGAUACUGAAUUUGCCGAGGAAAAGACACGUGAAAUCCAUCAGUUUAUCAAUUCUUCUUGUAACUGUCAAGUGUUACCAUGGAGAAGCUGUUUGAAUGAAUAAUAAGCCUCGUUUUAGUAUCAACUUCAGACUAGCACCCGCCUAGCGAGUCACGAAUUUCUUAGUCUCGGGUUCUUAGUUCUGUACAGCGCCGCCAACGAUUCCCAAAGUAGACCGCAAAUGAUCCUCAACCGUAAAUGAUCCCCAUUGUCGACCGCAAGCGAGUGAAAAGUAGAGGACUGGAAUACUGUUUUAGGCAUGGAUGGUGAAUGUGCUGAGAAUUUGCACAUCGCGUAGAACAAUGAAUAAAUACAAUUGUUUCGUUUAGUACAAAAUGUAUUUUUUUCUCAUUUCGUUAUUCAAGCAUUUGAUGUUUCGUUGCUGUGGAGAUUUAGGACAGGAAGGACUUUAAGAAGGAAAUGUUUCUUUCAUUUUAACGCUUAGAAAUAGGGAAAUAUGACCCCGGAAUAUUACCCCUGUAUUUAUCACUCUGUACAGGUUUUUGGUUUAUUUCGAAAUACGCUUAGUAAGUAAAACUCGUGAAAAUGUUGUGUCUAGUGGUAAGGACCCUGUCGGCGCAAACCUGUGUAUUCAUUUUCCGUGUCUAUGCUGCUGGAAACACAGACAGUUACAACAUUAGGGAAACAGAAACGAAGGAACGAUUUAGUGGAAAAUCUUGUACCGAUGAGCAAAGAAUUAUCUUAAUGGGGCUCAGUGUACUAGAGCGAGCUUUUAUCUGGGGUCGUUUUCAGAGACUUUCGCCAUUACAAAAGUUAUCAUUUCCUAAAGUUGAUACGAGGCAGGGUUUGAGCAAUUUCUUCUUAAGAGUAUUGCAUCUAAUUGAACUAUAGUAUGUGAAGUUUAGUUCAGUGAAGCAUUAAUGUUAACCAGCAAUUAAGCAAGAGCUAUUGUUUUACUGAGCAUUUAAGUGUUUCCUUUUUUUUGCUUGCGUUUAUUUAUGUUAUAUUUACGGUUUCUUAUAUUUUCAGUCUUGGCAUUUAUUUGUUAAAUUUAUUCAGUUGAAUUUUUAAUACUUUUGGUGCGAUAAUAAACGUGACACAAUGACCCAGUAACUUAAGUCCAGGCCAUUCUGAUUUUCCUCUCGGGAUCAUUUGCGGUCGACAAUGGGGAUCACUUGAGGUCGAGGAUCAUUUGCGGUCCAUUUUGGGGAUCAUUUGCGGUCUGAGGAUCGUUUACGGUCGGAAUCAGUUGCGGUACUGUACAGUUCGCUUGAGUUAUAUUUAACAAUGAUUAAGCCCACGGUGAGUUUCCGCCGUGUGAAUUAUUUUGAACUAAACAUUACUGCUUCUUUUGGCCCACAUGACUGAUAAACCAAUGAUAAACAUUUAUCGAAUUUCAGGGGGAUGGCUUCUUGUAUCCAACGUUGUUUCGCACGGUUCUUCGACGACUCAGUUGCCAGUUAAGACAUCGUACCGCGGAGUAAGCAGCAAAGAGAUGUUACUCACAAAGAGUGCCAUGAAGGAGCUGAGGAAGCACUUGCAUUUCACUCAGAUAAGAUUUUACUGCAAGAAACGAGGAGGUCGUACAUUUCACAUCACCACGGCUGCUAACAGGAAAGGUGAGGCUGCUGUGAAAUACUUCAGUGGUGAGACAGAUGUGAUGCCCGCCUCUUGUGGCUCGUUUGUGAUCAUGAGCGAUGAUAACUCGCGGUUAGCAAGAGUCUGCAAGGAUUGGGGAUACCAAAGAGGUUCUUACAAAGUUGGCAAAUGGGGGCACGAGAGAGAUCAGAACAGAUUAUACGACCACCCUGCUUUUAAAUACUCAGCUUACCACUGGCUUCUUCAACCGUCUGGCAGGUGGGAAUGCGACGAUUAUGGUGUGGGAGUGUCACGUGGCGAUUUUUGGAAAGUCUUUGUGCGAUAG